AUGCAGUUGGAAGAUUGGCUGGAUGACUUAUGCGUCCGGUUUAUCAUUAACUUACCUCGUGAAGAGUUGGAAUCCGUCGAACGGAUAUGUUUCCAAGUGGAAGAAGCGCAAUGGUUUUACGAGGACUUUAUCCGGCCGUUGGAUCCGGCUCUUCCCUCGCUGUCGCUCAAGGCGUUUGCGCUGAGGAUUUUUCAACAUUGUCCGCUCAUGUCGCAAUGGUCUCAUUAUCACCACAUCACCGCGUUCUCGGAAUUCUUGGCCUAUAAAACCCGUGUUCCCGUCCGCGGAGCCAUCAUGCUGAACUCGGACAUGGAUGAGGUCGUGCUGGUCAAGGGCUGGAAGAAGGGUGCCAAUUGGAGUUUUCCUCGCGGCAAAAUCAACAAGGAUGAGAAAGACUUGGACUGUGCUAUCCGCGAGGUCUACGAGGAGACCGGGUAUGACGUUCGCGAAGCCGGGCUGAUCAAGGACGAUAAGGAUGUCAAGUUCAUCGAGAUCACCAUGCGUGAACAGCACAUGAGGCUGUAUGUCUUCCGAGAUGUGCCUCGCGAUGCGUACUUCGAGCCUCGUACAAGAAAAGAGAUCAGCAAGAUCGAGUGGUACAAGUUAUCGGAACUACCGACGUUGAAGAGGAGCAAGCAGCAGGAUCAAGGAUUUGCGGUCGCAAAUGCGAACAAGUUCUACAUGGUUGCCCCGUUCAUGCACCCACUCAAGAAGUGGAUCGCCCAGCAGAAGAAACUUGAUCCGAAGACUCCUAUCGGGAUCAAGCAAGUGUUGCAGAAUGAAGGGGAGGUCUCGAUGGAUGAAUCCCUCGCUGCUCAUCAUGAUAUGACCCCAGUUCAGGCGCCUGUGGAGAUGGCUACCCCGAGCAUAUUGCCCGAGGUCACAUCCUCUCAGGAUGCUUCGGUUCAUUUAAAGCGUCUUUUGAAUAUCAAUGCGGCAGCUAUGCCGCAAGGUCCUUCGCUUGUGAAACCACCGCAGACCUCCGGUCCUAACAGCUCAAAGUCAAAUGCUCUCUUGGAGCUCCUCAGGAGUGGUUCUUCUCGUGGUCCCGCACUGCAAGCCUACCCAGGUUACGAACAGACAUCGCCACCUCACGUUACGGCGGGAGCUGGCCCCGAGCAAUAUCAGCAUUAUCCUGCCGCCCCCUUGUUCCCGGGCUUCCCCCAGCAAGAUCAACGUCACGGACAACUUGAUAACCUGCCACAGCUACCCACUCCGUCACAGCAUGGAUCCAUUCCUCAUCUUCCGCCUGGCACUACUCAUGUGAACCCACAUGUGCCUCCCGGUGUCGUUGCUCAAGGAUUCUCCAUGAGCCCUCGCGGUCCGCCAGGAGGGCGACAUGAUAUUCCACCUUUCGCACCCCGUCCGCACCCCGCACACAAUUAUCCCGAUGCCGGUUUGCCGCCGAUUCUGCCAAUGGCGCCUCCUGUCCAGGGUCACGCGUCGGCUCCCUAUCAGCGAACUGGAGAUCCAUUCUCUCAACAAGCUCAGCCUACUCAUGUUCAAGGAGCCACUGUGCCUCACGCCAGUAAGCUGCCGCCACCGAAGCUUACAAGUCAUUCAUUGGCGCUUUUGAAUGUGUUCAAGGACGACACGGCGAGAACUCCCAAGACUCCCAAAGCCACUCUGGUAUCGACUUCGGAGACGGCACCCGUCAGCGGGCGCAAACCAUCACAACACCAGGACCAAUUGUUAAAUCUGCUCAAAGGCUCGCCCGGCAAACCACCUGCUCCCGGUCCAGUGGAAUUGGCAGCUCACUCGGUCUCUCCUUCUCGGAAACAAAUUCUUCAACGUCCUCGUGAUAAUACCAGGUCCCAGGAACCCGCAACCCAUGUCUGGGCAUCUGCCCCGGCGCCCGGGGCAUUCGCUACAAAGCCGUCUGGCAAGAAAGCGCAAAAUGGACCGAACCGAAAGACGAACAAGGACAGGAAAUCGCAGAACCUUGCUUCGCCUAUAACCAUAUUGCCCAGGCCGCAAAGUGCCAAAAAGGAGCAAUCGCCCACGCCAGUUGCAACGACCCAAUCUUCGCGGAACUCCUCUCGAUCUCGUCCUGACCGGAAGACAAGAACCCCUGAGCCCUCGAAGCCAUUCCAGCCCCAAAUCCUUCGCCGCUCUGAAAACCUUGACAACAUUCUCCCAGUACGAACGAAGGGUACGCCCGACCCAGAACAGGGUGGAACCGGCCAAGAAGCAAAGACUCAAGGGGUGGACGAACGCCGCCCAAGUCAUAAUGCGUCCCAAAGGGACACCUUGCUCUCGCUUUUCGGCAAAGCAAGUGCUUCUCCUGGACUAUCCCCUUCGGGACAACUUAACCUUCAGACAGCCGUCCCUGAACCCUCAGGGAGUUCCUCCGUCGUCAGCCCUCUUUCCCCUCUCAAUCUCCCUGCCGGAACUACCACAAACCCCGGGGUAUCAAGCUUGGAUAUCAACACCGGCAGAAUUGCGUCGCCUGAUAACAAGGCAUUUCUAUUGGGAUUCUUGGAGGGUGUCGCGAAAGGCAACAAAUAA